CGGAAAGCUGACAAAGGAGAACAGAAGGAUGUUACAGUGUCUUCACACGCAGCGUCGGUGGGCGCACCGCAGGGGCGGCUUCGUCACCGGCGGCACCGGAUGGUCGCAGAAAGCCGGCCCCGUGGGCUUUAUGGGUGCGAAGAAGUCGGAGUGGUGGGCGGUGGACGGCGAGCUGCACGAGGUCGGGGAGGGCGUACCGCACCGCGAGCGCUUCGCCAUCCCGCGCGACAACCUCCCGAACCGCCGCCGCAAGCAGAUGCGUGAGCAGUUCAUGCGCCGCACGCGCCUCGUCCUCAAGGACUCGGAACAUGAAACUUGGUGCAAAAAAUAUAUGGAAAUGUACCAAGAACUUAGAGAGAACUGGGAACGGUUGUACUGGGAUGAAGGUUAUACAAAAAAGAUUGCUGAAGAUCGCACUAAUUAUGACUCUGCUGAAGAAGAUGAUCUAGACUUUUCACCAUACAGCAGGAGAAGGAGCUCCAGCGUAGAGCCAAACAAGGACUUCAGUUCUGGGGGUAGCAGACAGGGUGGAACAUGGGAAAGUGUUACUCAAAUUCGUGACAAGUUUGAAUACGACAGAGAAAGGAGAAUGAGAGAACGAGCAUUUGCUCCCAUGAAUAUGGAAAACAAUUUUGGCCAGCAUAAUUCGAAACACAACCCUGGUCCACAUGGUGGUGAUUUCGUGAGUCAAACUGGUCGGAGCUUUCAACUUGACCUAAGUUCCAGAAAUCAGCAUGAUUCUAAUGCCCGAAACAUAUCAAGUUUCAGAAAUCAGCAAUAUCCAAAUUCCCGAAACCAAUAAAUGGUUUGGGGACCACACAUUCUAGCCAGGAUCUUGCAUUGUGCGUAGACAGAAAGGUGUUCCAUGAUUAUGCGAGUGCUUUAUGUUCACUGAUUUUGCACCUCUGGAAUGAAAAUGAGAAUGGGAUGAGAUGUGAAAACUGCAUUUAUGAGAACUGAGUGUAGUAUGAGAACUGUUGUUCAUCCUUUUCUCAAGAAGUGGAGUGUAACAAAAAAAGAAUUGUCGCUGCCCCUUGCCCACUGCUUUUAAUAAUCCAAAAUGCUAAUUGUGAAGAGAAUUGCCAUA